UACGUGUCUUCACGAAAUAGCAACGAUUGUUAUGCAAUCUGCGAGAAGGUGUAGCAGAAUUUUUAUUGGUGUCAAAGUUCGUUUGAAUAUCGCCAAAAGAAUGAAUUCCGUACAUCUAACAAAACAUCCCAAUCAGCAAUUCUCAAUUUAUGCGUUUCGUUAACCUUUCCCGAUUCCGUAUUCAAAUUAUCGCGUGAGGUCAAUGCAAGCAUCCGAUUGCUGCUCUCAAACUUUUUCUUGCCGAGGGGGCGUUAAAAAUCUACGAAAAGGUCGAGCGUGGGACGUAAAUGUCCGUAAAAGGUGGCAAAAUUGAGCCGGGGGUAAACGUUGGAACGUAUUUUGCUCGGAUGAAUAUCGCGGAGGUGUUGAAUUGAGAAUGCCGAAUCGCUAAGACCGGAAGGCAACGUGUUUGAUAACGAUCAAAAUCGAGUUUAUUAGCACAUUUCCAUCAUGCAUAAAAGUAUCAUAAUAAAAUAUUUCAUAUGGUAAUUCGUAUAACGAUUGAUGUACUGCAAUGAGGUGUUGAUAUUUCAUGUGAUGUUCAAUACAAUAAUUGAUAGAUCAAUGAAACUAAUACAAAUGGAGGAGUACUAUACUCCGACCAGAAAGUGCGUAUGUACGGUAAAGAUGGAAAUGGGUUAAACGCGGUUUUAAAGGCAUUCAAAGUCUUAAAGGCUACCCAAGCGCAAAAAUAGUCUCCCGAAGGAAAAAAGUUGUCAGGCCUAGAAAUUACAAAAAAAUCAAUAAGAGCAUGAAAGUUAUUAAUAGUACGUCCAAGACGAUGAAAAUUAUGGAGAAAAAAUAGAGGAUUUAUUAAGAAGGAAGUGGCUGGGCUUUUUGUGCAAAAAUAACUCUUGAUUUUUCAACAGAAAUUUAUUAAAAUUACACUGUCGUCAUUACGUCGGUCUCACUACAGAAAAUAAUGGUACAACCGCCCUAGAAUCUAUUAUCUGUUCAAAUAAAUGUAAAUACAAAAUUCUAUUUGAUCCGGGUUUGUUCUAAAAGUAAUUAGAACUCGCUCGGAGGGAAUUUCGAUGAAGGGUGAUUUACUGCACGAUCUCCCUCGUUUUAUAGUGAAAUUUAUUAAAUUGAAAUCACAUAAACGUGUAAGUCCUCCCCAUCUUUUUACCGUGCAUUCUCGGGGGGAUUUCGCUAUUAUUCGCGGGGAAAUUAUUCGAAAACUUGGUAAAGAGUGGAGAGAAUUGAACGCCCAUCAGCACGGGGGGUAGGUGGCCGCGUGCGAAUUCCCUCUCUGCGCCUCCACAUGGAGAACGGUAUCUGGCCCUGGGGGCAUAACAUCCCCCUUUCCCCGCCCAUCUCGUCGAUCUGACCGACCACGCUGCCCCCUCUUGAUUCCCACCCUUUUGAUCGGCUUGUCUCUUCUCUCCCCUUUAUCCAGCUCAUUCCGGACCAUUGCCUCGUUCUCCCUCUCUCGUUCCGGUAACCUCUUUGCCACCGGUACCUCUCGCUUCUUCUACUUUACUCCGACUCGGUUGCCUUGCCCCCACCUUUGAAUUGCCCCUUCUUCCAUACCGAACCACCCACCAGAUCGCUCGUUCGCUAUGCUCGCGAUCACCCGCUCGUCCUCUCUCUCCCACAUUAAUCGGAUCGAUCGUCGCGUCUCCCUCUUUCGAUCGCUGCGUCCCUCUUCGUCGUACGCGCGCUACCGCGAAUGACUUUACCCUCGUCCGACUCGAUUGCGCGGAGGCAGGCGCCACGAAUUCACUUCUCGCGACUUCGGCUUGGCUCGGUCUGUUCCGCUCGCUGCUCAGUCAGAAGAAUUCGUCAGUAUUCGCCGCGCUGCGCUGCCGGCAGGUUACACGUUAGAGGAAAGGUGAUUCGACCGUCGUUCAACGAUCGCAACCGCGCGUGUCCCCGACGUAGAUCGAAGGUAUUUUAACGACAUGCGCGUCGAAGGAUAGUAGCACGAGCGUAAAUCGUAACCGGUUCGAACUCGUUCCCGAUCCGUGAUCUCCCGAUCUCGAAACGAGUCGCAGUGUCCGCGCGCGUACGUCUGGAUCUACUUGAACAAAGGAACGCAACAGGCUGGAGGGAGGAGUACGAACGAUCAGGUAACAUCGAUGAGAAGUCGGAAGAGAGAACUGGUCUCGGUGCAGAAAUCUCCAGUGGACGUCACGUGGGAAACGCGACCGCCCGCGGCCGUUUCGUUCUUUGAAAGAUCUGCGGUGAAUCGUUCGACGUAUGCGUCGCGGAUCGUGCGAAGUCGAAUUUCGAUUCCCGCGACGCAGCGGGCCAAGUUCUCUAUCAAAACAUGACCACGUGACCGACUACGGCGCGGCUUGUAAACAGUGAGUUUGACCACGUGGUCUGCCCCCUCCUAUCGGCGUCGUUCCUCUCCCCCGUGCUCGUCCUCUUUCAUCGUCUCCGUCUCGCUCGCUCGCUCGCUCGCAACACGCAGAACAACGUACGCCGCGUAGCGUAUUCUCGGUCGGUUCGCUACCAGUUGCGGGAGAGUUCGAUUCGAGUUGAUCCGUGAUUACCGCUCUGUCUUAUUCUUCGUCGCAAUUCGAGCCGCGCCACGAGAUUCGCGAGUGUUCGUCCGUUCGCACGCACUUAGUUCACGACGCGGUAUAUCGAGGAGAAGUGUGGUUGUGUCGUUCGAAAAUCGCUAAGGUUACGAGGCAAAGUGGCAGUGUCGGCGGUCGAACGCGAUCGACUAUUCAAUUCACGAUUCGGGUAGAUAUUCGCACCUCGGGACGAGCACCGCGCGAGGUGCUUCUGGUGUAGAAGUGGAGUACAUGGAGGACACGAACAUGAUGGACUCGGUGCCGGUUUCUGCGUCGGGGUCGAAGACCGGGUUGCAACCGCAGCAGGGGGUACCGUACGACCUUGAGACCGGGUUCGAGCCACAGGCGAGAGCACGGUCGCUCACGUGGCCGCUGCCAAGACCGGAGGAGUACAUCGAUGGGGACGUGGUGCCGAGCGUCUCGGCCAGCAAAGAGGGCGUCGAGGGCGUCGAGGGCGUCGAAGGUGGCACGUCGUCUCAGCAUGGAUCUCUGGUCCAAGGUACCAUCCUGCUCCCGGUCAAGAAGAAUUCGUCCCGGCGGAACGCCUGGGGAAAUCACAGCUACGCUGAUCUCAUCACCCAGGCCAUCACCAGCGCCCCGGACGAACGGUUGACUUUGUCGCAGAUUUACGAAUGGAUGAUGCAAAACAUACCGUACUUCAGGGAGAAGGGAGAGAGUAACAGCAGUGCCGGAUGGAAGAACUCGAUAAGACACAACCUGUCCCUGCACAGCAGAUUCAUGCGGGUGCAAAACGAGGGCACCGGUAAGAGUUCCUGGUGGAUGAUAAAUCGGGACGCGAAGCCAGGGAAAUCGCGCCGAAGGGCGUUGACCAUGGAGGCGAGGAAGUUGGAGAAACAUCGGGGCCGUGCGAGGAAGAAGAUCGAAGCGUUGAGGAACGGGAGUCUGCAGUCGGACCUGCAAUCGGCAACGAGUCCUCCGAGCGUGAACGAAGGGUUGGACCUGUUCCCGGACAGCCCGCCUCAGCCCGGCAGUGGAUUUCAGCUAUCGCCCGAGUUCCGGAGCAUACGAUAUAAAGAGAGAAUCGACAGUCCUCGAGCUUCGAGCAAUGCCUCGUCCUGUGGUCGAUUAAGUCCAAUCCCGGCGAUCCCUGGAAAACAGGAAUGGAAACCGACAUACACACCUUAUAGCCCAGAACAAUUAGCCGGUAACCUCGCGGAAACGAUGAAACUGGAGUCCUAUCAAAUGUAUCAGACGUCGCCGCCGAGCCACCAACAGCAGACGGGACCGCCGCCGUCUUAUUACGAGACCCAGUAUCCGAGGAGCAAUAGCCCCCCGUUCCCUAAUCCAUCCCCGUUCGCGUUGCAACCGGCUCCUCAAUCGGCGAAUCCGCAGAGAUGCCCGAUCCACGGUCUCCAGCCGUGCGCCUGUCAAAUGAAUUUGAGCGCAGUAGCUGGGACCUCGCCGUCGUAUCAACAGAGCGAGCCGAGUCCCACGACGCUUGGGAAUAACCAGCAGCAAACUCUUCAGUACAUGAUGCAGACGCAACAAUGCCAGCAGUCGCAGCAACAGCAACAGCAACAGCAGCAACAACAGCAAACGGGGGCAACGAGCCCGACGCAUACGUCCACGCCGUGCGGCCCGUCGCCGAGCACGAUGAUGGGACAAUUGAUGGGCGCGCUCAAUAAUUCCUCGCUCCUUGACGAUUUAAACAUUAACAUCGAAUCGCUGCACGGUGGAUUCGACUGCAACGUCGAGGAGGUAAUUAAGCACGAGCUGUCGAUGGACGGCACGCUAGACUUCAACUUCCAGCAGGGCGUGAUGGGCACGACGACGAUCCAGGUCAGCGAUGGUAACAUCGGACAGAACGGUCCCGUCUCCCAGAACAACGUGGUGGUCGGUACCACCGCCGGGAACGCACCCGCGGGAGUAUACGUGAGCACAAACGCGGCGACUCCAGCCGCGCCUCCCUCGUGGGUCCACUAGCAGUGGACUCCCCUGCCCUCGACACCACCUUCGUUCUUGUCGUCGUCGUUCGUUGACAGACGGGAACACUGCGUCCGAGGGGCAGUUCAUCGGAGACCCGAGUGUCGAGGACGAACGGGAGGACCGACAAGUAAUUGUGAUAAGAUAUAGAAAUACUUACGCCAGGCCACGAUACGUACCGUACCACCAGACGUAUCUCAAGGAUGCCGAUCUAAGUCUGUGCAACUGCGGCGCGAGGAUCACGCCGUACAAUCGUUUAACACCCGCGUCGGGGGUAGGAAAAAAAUAUUCUGAAUAUUCUUAUUGACUCUAGCCAAGGCUAGCAACGGGAACUUAUCAUGGGUACAUUCUCUUUAAAUUCAUUACGUUCUUAAAUUCUUUCACUGACACGAAUUCCGAAGAGAAAAUAACUCGCCGCCGAAUUCCUUGUCCGAGGAAGAAAAUUUGCAAACAGAUUGUUCCGGUGGACGUCGCACAAAGUAUUUAAACGGCGAACGAUAUAAAAAAAUUACAACAUCGCGUCUAGCAUCAUUUAAACUCGCGAUCUGAAGAAUCCUAUUAUGCAAGUAUCAAAGAUUUUCCUUGAAUCGGUGAAACAAGCGACAUCCUGUCGAUCCAUCAACGGCUAGAUCAUUCCGAUCAGCUCCUAGGAGCGUCUUGUUUGCUUUCCGUGACUUCCGUGGAACGCGCGUGCAUAGCCGGAAGCUGCGAUGUCACGUAACGCUAGAAUUCACGCGAGUACAUUCAUUGAAAAAAGUUGACGGAUGACGAACUUUUGAUUGAUUUUACAUAAUUUAACAUUCAGCGCCUGACUAAAUAAAUUAUUGAGAAACGAA